AUGGCGUCGAGACGAACAGUCGCAAUUGCGCGGUCUUUGUCUGCUGGGUUUGCUCGACGACAGAUUAUCUGCCAGCACUCCCGCAAUCCCUGGCUUCAAGCCAUCCGAGCUAUCUCAACCUCUCCUCUUCAGACUUCCCCAGCUCCACCGGCUUCAUCCGAAGCAUCCCCGGCGGCAGCAGCAGCAACCCAAACCCCAUCUUCAAUCAUCAACAAAAAGCGAACCUUCAACGUCACUAAAGCUGAUGCUCAACCUACAAUCUCCAAACACCACAAGAUCUCAUUCGAUGACAAGAAGAUAUCUGUACCAUGGGAAGAAGGCAAAACGUCUACAUUCCAGCACAUCUGGCUGAGAGAUCACUGCCAGUGUUCGUCCUGCAUGCAUCCUCAGACUAAGCAGCGGAUGCUUGAUACUUUCUCUUUGCCAUUGAACAUAAGACCUUCGCAGGUUGAACCGAAAGACGAAGGACUCUAUGUUAAAUGGCGCGGGGAUCAUGAGAGUUUAUACAGUUGGGAAUGGCUGCACCGCCACUCCUAUGCUCCAAGGCUGGAGAAAUACAUUUCAGUACAAAGGAAACUUUGGUCGAAGAAGGAUUUAGAAACCGACAUGCCGGUUGUGAAGUACUCUGAUGUUAUGGAAUCCGACGCCGGGGUUGCAGAAUGGACUUCUAAGAUCGAAAUUUAUGGGUUUUGUUUCGUAGAUGGGGUUCCCGUGUCCCCUGAGGCUACAAAGGAAGUCGCAGAACGUAUUGCGCAUAUUAGACACACGCAUUACGGCGGAUUCUGGGAUUUUACGGCCGAUCUGGCGAUGAACGAUAUGGCCUAUACGGAUCUUGCGUUACCGGCUCAUACUGAUACCACAUACUUUACCGAACCGUGCGGGCUACAGAUGUUUCAUCUCCUAGAGUUUGAUGGGAAAGGCGGGGAAUCGUUAUUAGUCGAUGGGUUUAGAGCAGCUAGGAUCUUGAGGGAUGAGAAGCCCGAGGCUUUUAGGACGUUAUCUGCGGUUCGGAUUCCUACGCAUGCCAGUGGGAACGAAGGAGUUAGUAUUGAACCUUACACGCCGUUCCCGGUGUUCAAUCAUCAUCCGGUCACUGGUGAGUUGGUUCAAGUUAGGUGGAAUAAUGAGGAUAGAGCUACGAUGGAUCGGUGGGGAGAACCUGAGGAAGUGGAGAAGUUUUAUCAGGCGAUUUUCGAGUGGAAUGAAGUUUUGAAGAGGGUGGAUGGGGAGUUUAGAGAGCAAUUGGUGCCUGGGAAGCUGUUGAUCUUUGACAAUUGGAGAGUUUUGCAUGGACGAGGUUCUUUCACAGGACACAGGAGGCUUUGUGGAGCUUAUAUUUCCCGCGAUGAUUUCCAUUCGAGGCUACGGAUUACUAACUAUGGAAGGAAGGAGAUUCUCAUGGGAUUGUAA